GAGGAAGAAGGAGACAAAGAAGUAACGAAGAACUAUCUCUCUAUCUCUCGACCUCUAUCAACUCACUAAACACACUCACACAUCAAGAGAUAUCGUAGCAAAAAAAAAGGUACAUCAAGAAAAAAUGGCUCAAUUCAUGAAGAUACUCGUGGCAAUGGCAUUAACAAUCGCAAUCACGGCCGUCAUCAGCACAACUACCUCUAAAACCACCACUACUACCGCAACACUUUCUCUUGAAGACCCUUUUAAGAAUCUUAACCCGCCAGGAGCGGCUAAGAUCAGGCCUAGUCGAUUCUUGGCCCAAAAGGUCGACCAGGGUCAAGGACCUAAAGCCCGCAACCCUAAUGCAGCUGACCAUUGCCACAAGGAGCCAGAGAUCUGCAGCAGCAGCUAUUACAGCACCGGAGCAAACUCUACAAUGGCUUGUUGCAACAACAAGUGUAUGGAUCUAUCAACCGACGACAAAAACUGCGGUGCGUGCAAGAACAAGUGCAAAUUCGGGCAAACGUGUUGUCGCGGUCAGUGCGUUUACGUGGCUUACGAUAAACGCCAUUGCGGUGAGUGUAACCAUCGUUGCGAACUUGGCGAGCUCUGCGUCUACGGACUCUGUAACUACGCCUGAUGAAUCAAUCAAUCAUUCAUUCUCGUCACUAAAAAAAAACAUAAAAAAAAAACAAAUUUAAGUAAAAUAUACGGAUGAUUUAUUUUACAUGGACGCUAAUCAAAGAAAAGGUCGGUCCAAUUAAUUAUUUACUAAUAUAUAAUUGAUUAAGUGUUGUGUGUAUUUUGGAUUCCCAUAUUGUUUUGAGGGGUAUAUAAAAAAGAGAUCAUUUUCUACUUCUAAUGUCUACGAAUAAAAUGGAACAUCCUCGUUUCCAGUCCUCUGCUGUUUUUCCAUAGGUUUAUAUAAGAGUGUGUAUUAUAUUAUAUACACUCCAAAAUCAUCAAUAAUGUUGUUAUACUUAUACAUAAAAUAAAAUCUCU